AUGCAGUUUUUUGCAGAGGAGGACACUUUGUUAGGAUCACUUGUAUCCAGCUUACAACCAAAAAAAACUGAAACAUAAAAGAAUUGGGGAGUAUUUGCAAUUCUAUUUAUGGCUGGCCUAAUUCUCAUUAUCAUAUCUAUCCCAUUUGCCUCCUUUCUGAUACUCAAUCCUAAACCAUUUUGCCUGCUCUUUUCGGCUGGCUCCUUUGUUAUUUUGUUAUCCAUGCUUUAAAUUAUCGAACUGAAAACGCUUUUUAAUAAAAUUUCCUCAUCUGCUGCCACAUUGCUUUAUCUUGUAUCUCUAAUUGCUUGUUUAUACACAGGAAUGUUCUAUAUGGGAUACUUUUACACUCUAGGAUUGUUAUCACUUCAAAUCGCAUCCUUAAUAUAUUUGACAGUAUCCCUAUUUCCAGGAGGAAAAACAGGUAUGCAUGCUGCCUUCCAUUUAUUAAAGAAUCAACUCAAAGGAAUAUUCUUAAAGAAAACCUUUUUACCAUUGUGA